AUGAAGGCUUUUGACAGUGAUCGUACAACAAAGAAUGAGCUUAUCGAAAUCUACACUGCAGGAUUCAAACAAGCCUGGCAGAUAUUGAUUGCUUUUACGGUCAUCGCAAUACCACUGACUUUGGCCAUAAAAGAAGUGCCUCUCCGCAAAGAACUGGCCACUGAAUUUGGACUCAAGGAUGACGACGAAAAUGAUAAUGCUGCAGCAGAUUAUGACAAUGAACUUGCAACCAGAGCGACCGGAGUAGAACUGACUUCGGCAAGGUGA